GCGGAGGCGCCGUCCCGGCCUCCUCCUCGGAGUUCCCACGCCCACUCGGCGGGCUCUCGGCUUCCACGUCAGGGCUGCGCCGCGGAGAUGGCGGCUCAGAAGAUAAACGAGGGGCUGGAGCACCUGGCCAAAGCAGAGAAAUACCUGAAAACUGGUUUUUUAAAAUGGAAGCCAGAUUAUGACAGUGCAGCUUCUGAGUAUGGAAAAGCAGCUGUUGCUUUUAAAAAUGCCAAACAGUUUGAGCAAGCAAAAGACGCCUGCCUGAGAGAAGCUGUCGCUCACGAGAAUAACAGGGCUCUUUUUCAUGCUGCCAAAGCUUACGAACAAGCCGGCAUGAUGCUCAAGGAGAUGCAGAAACUCCCAGAAGCUGUUCAGUUGAUUGAGAAAGCCAGCAUGAUGUACCUGGAGAAUGGCACUCCAGACACUGCGGCCAUGGCCUUGGAGCGGGCUGGAAAGCUUAUAGAAAACGUAGAUCCUGAAAAGGCUGUGCAGUUGUAUCAGCAGACAGCCAACGUGUUUGAGAAUGAAGAACGCUUACGACAGGCAGUUGAGUUACUAGGAAAAGCCUCCAGGCUGCUGGUACGAGGGCGCAGGUUUGAUGAGGCGGCACUCUCGAUUCAGAAAGAAAAAAAUAUUUAUAAGGAAAUUGAGAAUUAUCCAACUUGUUAUAAGAAGACAAUUGCCCAAGUCUUAGUUCACCUGCACAGAAAUGACUACGUGGCCGCGCAGCGCUGUGUCCGGGAGAGCUACAGCAUACCCGGCUUCAACGGCAGUGAGGACUGCGCCGCCCUGGAGCAGCUUCUCGAGGGCUACGACCAGCAGGACCAGGACCAGGUGGCCGAGGUCUGCAACUCGCCCCUGUUCAAGUACAUGGAUAACGACUACGCAAAGCUGGGCCUGAGUCUGGUGGUCCCAGGAGGGGGAGUGAAGAAGAAGGCGGCAGCCCCCCUGCAGGCCAAGCCGGAAGGUGCUGCUGCCCCUGCCACCGAGGACGAGGAGGACGAGUAUGCGGGGGGGCUGUGCUAGGCUCCCACCUGCCCGACGUACCUCGCCCGCAAGACUCAUGUGGACCGGAUGUCCUGGGGGUCGGCCAGACCUCACCCCGUUCUGGCUCUGAUGCUGGUGAAGAUGAAGUCUUAGUUCCCAUUUCACGGACCACCCAUCCUGCCCACUGCCUGUGAAGCAUUUUUUUCUUUCCAUGAUAAGAGCUCUUCUCAGACACCAGCAGGAAUUAACAGAGAAAUGUACUGUCACAUUUCAGGACAGUUGAUUUUAAAAUUAGCAAAGCAAAUUCAAGCAAUCUGUUCUAAACAAAACGGAUAAGAGGCAUCGACAGUCUUUUCUCUUAGGUUCUUGUAAUUUAUUGUUAGAGAAGUCUUGGCAUUUUAUUUAAUAAUUGCUGCUAAAAGUGAAGUUUACUGGUUAAACAACGUAGUGCUUUAAACAUUUGUUUGGUUUUCAGAAGGAAAUUUAUUCCCCAUGGUAAUUAGAGGCAUUUAAAUUAUUAAUUCUUCAGAGGCGAGGUUGGGACGGGAAGCGGUUUUGAGGCUUAUGGUGUUACUUAUGCCAGCACAGGACGCGUCUGAAGUCUCCUGUGUGAGUGUGAAUGCUUUGAAGGUGGCACAUCACAGUGAUUCUGUAAUCGCCUUCAGUUCUCUGGAACGUGGGUGUUUCUCCAUCUGAAGUGCACAGUGAUGGUCUCUAAACCCACCAGGUUGUUGACUGAUUGGGACUGACUCGGACCUUUGUUGCAGGUUCGCACAGCGAGGUGGUUUCUGUCAGGCUGGGGUGCGCGUGUGGCUUCCCUCUGAUCUGACGUCCAGGGCUGCGAUGGGCCAGCGGCUCCACGGGUGCGGGAGUGCUGUCUGUAAACCUCCCGCAUGUGGCUGAAAGCGGGGGCUGAGUUUCAGGGGCUGGGCUGCCAACGUCGAGUCCUUUCUAGGCCUUUCCUGAUGGCUUGUUUUCGAGGCCCUGUGCUCAGACCCGUGUCCCUGUCCCGUGGGUGGAGAGAGGCCCAGACAGCGCAGUGUGCUCUGCAGGAGGCAGGUCGUCACGAGUGCGUGUGGUCACGCUGGGCUCUGUGCAACAUCCUGGGAACAUCCUGGCGGGGCCCGUGUGCCAGGCGGGUGCGCAGCGGGGUGGACUCUGUGGCAGGUCUGGAUCAGGACACUCAUCCCCUCCUUGCCUGCUUGGGGCUGUUUCGACAGCUCACUUCCAGCCCCUGUUGGAGACACACUAAGCAGACUCAGUAAAGCCGUGUUUAGGCAUUUGUGUUCAGUGACGUGUUAGUAGUUCUGAGACCCGUCCCUGCUGCUGUGCCCUCCAGAUCCAGUCACACGUCAGGAGUCUUCCGCGGAUGUGCAUUUGAGCUGAUUCACGAUCCAUUUCAACAGGUAGGCAACACUUCAAAGAUAUUUUAGACAGCUUUCUAUGGACCAUAUUAGCCAUUACAGCCUCAGAGAAAGGUUUUUACUUGUUUUUUCUUACAUAUUAAACAAAAAUGAGGACUGAGUCGGUGGGUCCUGGAGCAGCUGUGGGACUGGCCUCACAGCACAGGAGGCUUGAACCAGGGCGUCCCCUACCCCACUUCCCAGCCCACAUGUCAGCACUCGUGUGCGGGGCAUGCGGGUGUCCUCUGAGGUCAGGGCUGUCCUACAUGGUGUCUGGUGAGGAGCAUCUCGUUUUCCCACUCCCAGGAGCCUUCAUCCUGAGGGGACACUCAGAAGUGGGCAGCCGGUGUUCGCAGCAGGCAGAGGUGUUUCCAGGGCUCGGGUUGUCACUUUACCGAGGCGGGCGUCUGCCUGCAUGAGCGUGCUCAGCAUCUAGCAGUCCAUGUUCUGUUCUGUUGUGAGUGAAUCAGUCUGCAGAGUCGCGUUAAUAUAUUGAGAUUAUUUGUACGUAUGCAGAGUAUGGUAUUUGUGUAUGGAAACUGUGCUUUGUUCUUAUUUUUUCCAGCUUUGAUGAAUAAUAUUAAAUGUGAUAUGGGAAUGCAGAUUAUCGCUUCUGUAGGAAUAUAAUUAUGAAAAUAAAAUCUGAA